AUGGGCAAUCAUACUACAGUGAGUGCAUUCCUUCUGCUGGGCUUUUCCAGUUUCCCAGACCUGCAGCGUUUCCUCUUUGUAGUCAUUUUCUUCUCCCAUGUGACUAUCCUAGCUGCAAAUGUGUCCAUAAUGGUGGCCAUCAAGCUCAAUCACAACCUUCAUACCGCCAUGUACUAUUUUCUCUGUGGCCUGUCCUUUUCAGAAACCUGUACAACUCUGGUAAUUAUCCCCAGAAUGCUAGAGGACUUGCUGUCAGACAGCAAGACCAUUUCUCUUCCUGAGUGUGCCAUACAGAUGUUUUUUUUCUUUAGCCUGGGAGCCAACAACUGCUUCAUCAUGGCUGCCAUGUCCUAUGACCGGUACACUGCCAUUCACAAGCCACUGCACUACCCCCUCUUGAUGACCCGAAAGAUGUGCUUUCAGCUCAUGAUGGCCACUUCUGUCACUGGGAUUGUGGUGUCGCUGUGCAUUGUCCUCAUAGUAUUCAACUUGUCUUUUUGUGAUGCCAGCACUAUCCAGCAUUUUUUUUGCGACAUCACACCUGUGGUCUCCCUUGCCUGUGAUUACACCUUUUUCCAGAAAAUGGUUCUCCUUGCGUUCAGUGCCUUUGUGCUAGUGGGCAGCUUUGUUUUAAUUAUGAUUUCCUAUGUCUUCAUUGUGUCCAUAGUUGUGAAGAUGCCCUCUGCGAAGGGCAGGUAUAAGGCCUUCUCCACUUGCUCCUCUCACCUCAGCGUAGUGUGUAUACACUAUGGAUUUGCUGGCUUUAUCUAUUUGCGGCCCAAAGACAGGGAUUCAUCCCAGGAAGAUAUGCUGAUGGCUCUGACAUAUACAGUGCUGACACCUCUGCUUAAUCCCGUAGUUUACAGUCUAAGAAACAAAGAAAUGCAAAUAGCCCUACGGAGAGUACUAGGCAAUGUAUGUAGGUUUUUCCCUCACAUGGUAAGUAAAAGAGCCCUGAGCACUUCUUAA